CUGAGAUUUGAGUGUUUUUACAACUUGGAGGAAUUGAGUGUUUUAUACGAGGUCUACCGGAACCGAUACGAUAGUUUUUCCAAACAAUUUCUAUUAAAGUUUCACGCAAUUUCUAUUGAAGCAAGGUGAUCGGGGCGAGAUAUUUCAAGCUGGACAAUGUGACGGUUCCCGGCGAGAUAAUGUCACCCGGAGAUGUGUCCGGGCACGGGACACACACCUCAUCCACCGCAGCCGGGAGGCCGGUAGACGGCGCAAACUUAUCCGGGCUCGCCGGAGGAACGGCGAGAGGGGCGGUGCCUUCAGCCAGGGUGGCUAUGUACAAGGUGUGUUGGGCUAACGUAGGGUGUUCGGACCAAGACAUCCUGGCUGGGUUUGACGCCGCCAUGGCAGAUGGAGUGGACAUUAUCUCCAUCUCCAUAGGAGUCGUCUCUGAAACUUAUGAAACGAACACAUUGGCCAUAGGGUCGUUUCAUGCAAUGAGGAGAGGGAUACUGACGGUGGCCUCUGCCGGGAAUGAUGGGCCUUCCUAUAACACUCUGUAUAACCAUGCGCCGUGGCUCCUUACGGUGGGCGCCAGCGGCACUGAUAGGCAGUUCAGAAGCGAUGUGGUGCUGGGCGGUGGCCGCGGCGGAUCAACAAUUUCUGGAAUUGGAGUGAACACGUAUGAGCUACAACAUACUAAAUCAUAUCCCAUAGCAACGGGAGUGGCGGUUUCCAAUUCCAGCCAAAAUGAUUAUAAUGCCAUGUUUUGUGGAGAGGGAUCAAUGGCACCGGCAAAGGUACAGGGUAAGAUCAUUUACUGCAAGUAUGGUGCUGAACUGGAUGCUGAUUCAGUGGUUAAAGGUCUUGGAGGGAUUGGCACAGUUAUUGAGAGCGACAAUCUUCCCGAUACUGCUUUGGUUUUUAUGGCCCCUGCUACCAUAGUUAAUAGCACCAAUGGCCUAUUUAUUACUCAUUUUAUCAACUCCACAAGGUCGCCAUCUGCAGUAAUAUUCAAAUCCAAGGAAGUUAAGGUUAAGGCUCCUUUUGUGGCAUCUUUUUCAUCCAGGGGCCCGAAUCCACAAGUAAAACGCAUUCUUAAGCCUGAUAUUGUGGCUCCUGGGAUUGACAUUCUAGCAUCAUACACUCCUUUGCAAUCGAUUACUCAUCGGAAAGGCGACACACAAUAUUCACAAUUCAAUUUAUUUUCUGGUACGUCAAUGGCAUGUCCUCACAUUGCCGGUGUUGCCGCCUAUGUCAAGUCUUUCCACCCCGAAUGGUCUCCUGCUACCAUCAAAUCUGCUAUCCUUACUACUGCAACGCCUAUGAGCUCCAGGGUGGACAGUGGAGCGGAAUUCGCAUACGGGGCGGGACAAGUGAAUCCAACUAGAGCAAGGAAUCCUGGACUAGUGUACGACAUGGAAAACGCCACGAUGUCGUACGCUAAGUUCUUGUGCGGUGAAGGCAGCGGAAAUUCCUCUGCAUUGUCCAAAAUAAUAGGCGGGAGCGUCGAUUGUUCCAAACUUCUCCGGGUUUCGGAUGCAAACGAAAAUGGAGAAGACAUCAUUAACUAUCCCACAAUGCAACUUGCCUUGGGAACUGGCAAUAAAAACCCAAUAACAGUGGGUGUGUUCAAGAGAACAGUCACAAAUGUUGGGAUGGGUAGAUCUUCUUACAAUGCCACAAUUUUUGGAGCUCCAAAAGGUGUGGAGAUCAGUGUCAAGCCUAUGUCUUUGUCUUUCAAUAGUGUUGGACAGAAGCUGAAUUUUACAGUUGUGGUGAAAGUGAGUUCCAUCUCAAGCUCAGUUCCACUGGUGUCUGCUUCAUUGACAUGGAGAAGCAAUGGAUAUGUUGUGAGGAGCCCUAUUGUCAUUUACAACUCAAGCCAAUACUUCUUCUGAUCUUUCAGUGCCAUGUUUGGAAUUUAAUUUAGUUGGCAGGAAAAAAAUUUAUAUACUAGUAUUAAUUUUGGAUUAAGAGCUUAUAUCUCUUUCAGACCAGAUUUAUUAUUUAUUACUUUUUUUUAUCAUACUAGUAUGUCUUUGUUACAUCAAACAUCUUUUGCUUCCAUCUUUUAUUUUGUUCAAUCAAUACUCUGUAUUUACUAUUUAAC